ACACUAAAUCAUCAGUUAAAAAAAAUCGCAGAAGGCGAAGGCAAAAUUUCUGAGCACGAUUUAAAUCCGGUUCCCUUGGAAAGUGUUUACAUAUAUUUGCCAGCAAAAAAUAGCAAACGGCCAUAAAAGACACAAUCAAACACAUUACACUUGGCCCCCUAAAAAAUACAAGAUAACCGAAGGAAAGGCGGCAAAUCGAAGGAUAAGUUGAAAGGGAUUGGAUGUUAAGGCUGCCAAUUUCCUCGGAUCCUGGGUAAAAAAUCGGAGGACACUGCGCCACCAUGUCCACCGCCUUCCUGACGCUCAUCGCCGUCAUUGUGUGCAUACUUUUCCGCAUCCUCAAUGUUCACAGUCAGCCACUAAAACCAAGUGUGUGGUGCCUAGACGCCCAGUUCCUGGAUUGCCUUUACAAAAUAGCACCCGUGCUAAGGGAGCCUUACAUUCCUCCACGUCUUUGGGGAUUUAGUGGCCAUGUCCAGACAGUUUUGCACAGUAUUGUGGGCCGAGUUCGUUGUCCUUGGCCUCUAGGAGAGAGGGUCUACAUGUCGCUCCAGGAUGGCUCCACUUUGACCUACGAUUUGUAUCAGCCACUCACCGAACAGGAGGAUGACAUCACCGUGGCCAUUUGCCCGGGCAUCGCUAAUAGCUCAGAAUCAGUGUACAUUCGCACUUUUGUGCAUCUGGCCCAGUGCAAUGGAUACCGCUGUGCGGUCCUGAAUCACAUUGGAGCGCUUCGCAGUGUACAGGUGACCUCCACGCGUAUUUUUACCUACGGACACACGGAGGAUUUCGCGGCCAUGGUGGAGCAUUUGCACCAGAAGUACCGCCAAAGUCGAAUGGUUGCUGUAGGUUUCAGCUUGGGCGGCAAUUUGGUCACCAAAUACAUGGGCGAGGACCAGAAGACAAAGCCCAACAGCGUAAUUGGAGGCAUAUCCAUAUGUCAAGGCUAUAAUGCCGUCGAGGGAACCAAAUGGCUGCUGAACUGGCAAAACUUCCGUCGCUUUUACCUGUAUAUCAUGACGGAGAACGUGAAGAGCAUUAUCCUGAGACAUCGACAUGUCUUGCUGUCUGACGAGGUGAAAGCUCGGCAUAAUCUCAACGAGCGCGAGAUCAUCGCCGCUGCCACUUUACCCGAAUUGGAUGAAGCUUAUACGAGGCGGGUGUACAACUUCCCAUCCACCCAGGAACUGUAUAAGUGGAGUUCGUCGCUGUUCUACUUCGAUUCGAUUAAAAAGCCCAUGAUCUUCAUCAAUGCCAAGGAUGAUCCUUUAAUUCCAGAGGAUUUGCUGCAUCCCAUUAAAGAAUAUGCUAUUUCUAGGCAAAACACGGCCUACGUUGAGGUGGCUCAUGGUGGCCAUCUGGGCUUCUACGAAGGUGGUUUCUUAUAUCCAAAUCCGGUGACUUGGCUAGACCGCACACUGGUGGCCAUGGUUGGAUCUUUGGUCAUGAUGCAGGACGUCGGAAAGGUGGCAUCUUAGGCCGCGGCGCUACUCCCACACGCACACACGAAAAUUAAAGGCUUUUGUGGCAAAAUUUGUUGUCGCUGACGAAUAUGAAUUUUUGAUGGAACAUCGGAACAGAACCCGAAAUACCCCAUACAUAUAGUUCUAAAAUAUAAUAUCGAUGUGCAGCACGUAAAAAUUAUCAGCCGCGCAAGCAGGAAAACAUAAAUUAAUGUAUACUUUUGCAAAGUGCAUUUAAAACAGAGAAAUUGCAGUUUUCGACAAAGGGUAAUAUGCUUUUUGUGACUUUUUGAACAGCCAAACAAAAAACAAUAUAUCAGUUGAACUUGUACCUUAGUUAGUUAACGCGAACCACAUGUAUCCAUGUACUUAUGUCUAAGCAAAUUCCUAUUUAUUAGCAUUUUACUUUGUGAUCUAAAAGGUUUAAUUAUGUAUAUUUUAUAUAUGAUAUCUACACCAGGCACAGCACAAAACAUAUAAUGUAUGACAGUAAUUAUAAAUUGUAAGUCCCCGGCCGCACCCCUAUAAAAUAGCAGAAAAAUGCCUUAAUGUAGGACCUUGUUUUAUAAGUGUGUAUAUGAUUUUAAUUAUUCAGAUUGUACUACGAUGCAUUUCAUGAAAAUCAAAGAGAAACCAAAUGAAAUUUGCCCAACGACGGCUUCAAUUUUGUAUACUUUUUCUGAUCAUUAUCCAAGUUGAUAGUCAGAUAGAUCGCGAUUUGUUUACCAAUAUAGUAGAGUAUGAAGAAAUAUUUAUAAAUGUAUUUGUAAAAGUAACUAUUAAUAUACUAAAACGAACAAAUAAAAGUUGACUAAAAAAAUA